GGUAGGGGUCCCCGAGCAGCUGAGGGUGUAGGCCUAUUGUCUGCUAAUACCUAGCAGGUUGCGUUAAAAACCUAGGAGCAGGCCACGUGGCACUAUGAGCGACACGGGAAGCAGUGAUGUCUCUAGGCCCAGUGCCAGAUCCAUCUAUGAACAGAGGAAAAAAUAUUCCAGCGUCAUCAUGGCGGAUGUCUCCCAGUAUCCUGUCAAUCACCUCGUGACUUUCUCCAUUGGGGAAGAAGAUGAUUUAGGAACUGUGGAGGAUGCUGUAAGGAAACUGUCUGUCAUGGAUGCCCAAGGGAAGAUCUGGGUUCAGGAGAUGCUACUUCAGGUCAACGGAUCAGCCGUCAAACUCCUUGACAUAAACUCAAAGGAGGAGCUGGAGAACUAUGGGUUGGCUGCUGUGGUUCGUUGCGAGGCUGUCCACCCCGAGACCCGGGCCCGAUCCCUGCUCCUGCUGGUGUGCCAGGAGCCUGACCAGCUCAAGCCAGAUGUCCACUUCUUUGAGUGCGACCACGUUGGGGCUGAAUUGAUCCAGCAGGAUGUUCACAGUGCUCUGUUGGACUUCAAGUCUGGGGGUAAUGCCCAGAGGAAAGAGGCACUCAGGGCUGCCCAGAACUGGCUGGUCAACCAGCCCAAAGAGGCUCUAUAUGCUGAGAUUCAGCCCCUCAAGCGGGUACCUUCCCGGACGAAAGUCAUCACCCCCCUGGCCGCUGUCCCGGAUCCAGCUGACCAACAGCCUGCAAGCGGCCUUCCGCCAGCCCAGUCUGACCUGGCCUUCGUCCGUACUGAGCAAGACAUGGUGACCUUCAUGGGGAAGUUGCAGAAGGCUGCCGAAGCUUUUCGCGUGCUGGAUCAACGCAAGCGCUCCUCAAGAGGGCGCCGCCGAGAGCCAGGCGAGGGGCUCCUGACCCUCCGUGCUCGGCCCCCUCCUGAAGAAGAAUUUGCAGACACUCUGGCUAAGAUGAAAUAUUCCUUCAGCCUUUUGGCGAGGCUCAAAUCGAAUAUCAUGAAUCCCUCCUCAGAAGAUCUGAUACAUUUUCUCUUUGGUCCCUUGAGAAUGGUUGUGGAGGCUUCCGGGGGACCAGAAUUCGCCUCUGAGUUGCGCAGCCCCAUGCUGACCCUGGAGGCCGUGACCCUGCUGCGGAGCUGCUUAGGAGAGCGGGAAGUCGAGCUCUGGCAUUCACUAGGCGAAAACUGGACCAAGGCAAGAGUGGACUUUCCCCGGGACUAUGCAGCUCCCUACACCCCAACUUUCCAGAGCGGCUGGGAGCCACCCCGCCUGGACGCUUACGGGCAGCCAUGGGAAGACCCAGUAGAGAUGCAGCAUCGACACGAAGAGCGCCGUGCCCAGAAAGAUGGCGCCCAGAAGAGAGCCAAGAGGGGGACGCUAGGCAGCCAGCUAAGACACAAAAAUGAAAUCAAGAGAGUCAGCUGCACAUAUGACUUCGUAGCCAGAAACAGCAAUGAACUGUCAGUCCUUCAAGGAGAGGAGCUGGAGGUCCUGGAUGACAGCAAGAAGUGGUGGAAAGUUCAGAACAUCUACGGUCAAGUAGGCUACGUGCCUUACAAUAUCAUCACCCCAGUUGUGACCGGAGAUGGCGACGGCCCUCAGAUCCACAACACAACGGUCCAAAUCAAUGGAACCAACUCUGCGAGAACACAAGCGCCGAAAACCCCACCUCAGCCACCGCCCAAGACUCGAAUCCCACACCAAAAUGGCCGGCGCUGGGCUAGUGCCGAAGGGCUUAACGUGGGCCAGAGCGAUCGAGUGUCUGGCCGUAGCAAAAAUCUUCAUAUCCAGCGUUCCCCAGACACCAGUGUGCCUUUAGGCUAUGACUCCAACCCUGCCCAGGUCCAAGCCUGGCUAGAGGCCAAAGGAUUCAGCCCACUGACUGUAAGUGCCUUGGGGGUUCUGAAUGGAGCUCAGCUCUUCUCCUUGCAAAAAGAAGAAUUCAAAGCCGUCAGCCCAGAGGAAGGAGCUCGGGUCUACAGCCAGGUUACAGUCCAGAGAGCCCUCCUGGAGGAUUCUGGGAAAAUAUCAGAGCUGGAGGCAGUGAUGGAGAGGCGGAAAAGGAAAGUAGAGGGCAUUUGACUGGCUAGAGACCUCCCAAAUACCAAUGCAAGAGUGCCCUCUGCAGGAAACCUGAGGGACUGCAUGGUAACAGGCUCAAAAGAACGU